GCUCCGCCCCUUUCUUCAGUUUGGUCUGUAGCUGUUGUUUUGAAGCAGCAAUUUGGAGAAACAAAAAAAUAUAUACAUAUAUAUAAUUUUUUUUUACAGCGUGAAACUCCAGGUGCGGCGGGCUCUGGAUUUGUUUGCGGUGCUUAAAAAAAACGACAAGUAUGAAAAGGACACGACGUGAUGACGGGUCUGAAAAACCAUCUGCUGCUUUAAACCUCUCUACAGCCAAGGAGCUGAUCUCCAGAGAGGUGAAGUCUGCCCUGGAACAGUCCGACAAAAUGAUGAAAGCCCUGAUGGACAGAAUUCAGGAGGUCGAUAACGAACCCAGAUACGACGUGAGAAUUCGGAAGCUGGAGGCACAUGUUAGGAAAGUGAAGCGAAGAGGAGACACCGUGUUCGCGAACAUACAGAAACGUGCAAGCUUGGAAGCAGCCCAGGAACAGGUACAAGAAAACGGCGUGCACGAAAUGAAUCUCCCCCCAACACUUGUGAUCAAAAAAGAGGCAAAAAUCCUAAAUGUGACCAGUUCUGCUAACGGAGGGGUUUCUGAUUUCUCAGUGUCAGGAGCCAUCACCAGUGAAGGAGACACGGCGGGGAAACCUAAAGAAGACUGCUGGCAGAGUUUGCGCAUAAAGAAUCAGUUUGUGGACCUGACCGUUGACGGAGAAGUGUGCAGAAAAAAUGGGAUCAAGCACAGCGAUUCUCCCCAAACCUCAUCGCAGGAAUACGUAGACAGCAGAUCAUCUCCACUGGAGGACGGUGAGAUUCAGGGCUCUGUAGUGGUGGAGAAAAAAUCACCUGAGGUGCAGGAAGCAGAGGCGGCCCUGCUGUCCAGACUCCCGCCGUUUCCACACACUCCGUUCCCGAACCAACUUCCCGUCGCGGCUGCCAGCAGAUCCAUGCCUCAGAAGCCUGUUGUGAAAGUGGCGCGCAUCAAAACCCCACGAGGAAUCGCCCUGCUGUGGAACGUGGAAGAGGAAGAUCCAGACGCCGCCACCAUGGACUGCUACUACAUCUACGUAACGCAGGAGCGCAGCGACGGAACUUUCACCAAAUGGAAAACCAUGGGCGUGAUCAAAGCCAUGCCUCUGCCGAUGGCCUGCAGAGUGGCGGCAGAACGAUCCGGAGACAAGACGCUGUGUUUCAUCAUCAUCGGGAAGGACGUGUACGGCCGCUACGGACCCUACAGCGAUGUCCACACCGUUUGGCCCGGAGAAACGUGAACUUUACCUGUUUUUAAAUAUUUAGUUUUAGUGACACGUAAGCAAGGCGAACUGCUCAGCAUUUUUUUUCUUGUCAAGUAAAUUCUUUGAUAUUGUUACAAUAAAAUGUAUUCUGAUGCAA